AAGAAGGAGGUGUGAAAUAUCUUAAGGUUAAACUUAGUGAUAAGCAUAAUCACAUGAUGCUCUGUGAUAUUGAAGAUUACAAACUUGUGAUCUCUCAUAGAUGGUAUGCAAAAAACAAAGUUAAGAGUAAAGAUAGGUGUUAUCAUUGUAUGGAUGGAGAUUCUGUGGCAUUUCAUCAUUUACUAUUUCCUCAAUGGGCAGUGAUCAGUCACAUUAAUAAAAACCAAUUGGAUAAUCGACAGUUCAAUUUAUAUAAUGGUCGUAUUCAAGCAAAGACAUAUAGCAAUAAUAAAUCUAGUUAUAAUGGAGUGUACUUUGAUCGAUCAAAGCAAAGGUGGAUAGUUAUAUGGUACAAUAAUUGUAAAAGUAAAGUUAGAUACUUUCCUGAUACCGAGAAGGAAGAUGAAAUUUAUGAUUCGAAUGAGGAUGCCGACAAAGAUUUUAAUGAUCAUGAUUACAUUAAAGAAGAUGAUAUGGAAUUAGAAAAGGGUGACGUUAAUAUUGGUCAUGAAGAUUAUAUCGAUCCAAAAGAGGGUUUGAAUAUCGAAUUAGUAUCAAUGAAUACUUCAGAACGCGUGAAUAAUCAGGAGUAUGAUAUGGAAGAGGUGUUCGAUUUUGAGAAGUUUAAUGAUAAUCAAUUUAACGAACAAAGUUGGAUUGAUCAAUUUUUAGAUAUGUAA